AGAGUGGACGAUGGGGUGUCAGGAGGGAACAGCAUGGGCUGGCCGAGGUCACCAUCAGUCAUAAUCAAGAGGAACACACACACACACACACACACUACACAGCAUGGUGCAGCCAGUGUGUGUACCAGAUCAGGUUGUCCCUCCCUUACACAUGCUUCACAGGACGCUGAGCACGAGCUGCUGUAUGUCACGGAGAGAGGCUGCUAGAGGGCGCUAGCAUUCACACGUCGCCCGCCCUCUUCCUGCUUUAACCAGCAUGUUAGUCUCCACGGCAACAGACUCCUCGCCAUCCUACGAGUGGUCAGUGGUCUACGUGACCCCCCCAGGUAGUGGCACCACUAACGACACAGAGUGGCAGCGUGAUACCUUGCUGGCUGUGGCUGAGGUGAUGGUGCUGGCGGUCAUCCUGGUUAUAGCAUUACUUGGCAACGGCCUGGUGCUCGUGGUGUUGCUGAGGAGGAAACAACAUCACAACCCACUGCAUCAGUUCAUGCUCAACCUCUGCCUGGCCGACCUGGUGGUGGCGCUGUUCCAGGUGUUGCCCCAGCUAGUUUGGGACGCCAGAGGGCGCUUUCCCGGCCCAGACGUCUUGUGUCGCCUAGUGAAAUACCUUCAAGUCCUGGGGAUGUUCGCCUCCUCCUACAUGAUCGUGGCCAUGACAAUAGAUCGCCAUUAUGCCAUCUGCUGCCCCUUGCUGGCGCAUCGCAGCUGGGCCACCCAUCGAUGGAACACCUUCAUACUGCUAGCCUGGGGGCUGUCACUGCUUCUCAGUCUGCCACAGGUUUUCAUUUUCUCUCGCUCAGAAGUGGCACCUGGGGUGUAUGAAUGCUGGGGCAACUUUGCUGAAUCCUGGGGCCUUAAGGCCUAUGUGACAUGGAUGACCCUGGCAGUCUUCAUCAUCCCUGUCCUCAUCAUCACUGUGUGUCAGGUGCGAAUCUUCAAGGAGAUCCAUAACAAUCUAUACCUGAAGUCGGAGCGCCGCCUGUCCCCUUCCUCCAUCCCUCCAUCCAGACGAGGCAGCCAUAGAGGAGGAGGCGGAAGAGGAACGUCCAGUCUCUCUCUUUAUGUUCCACCAAUCAUAUUGAACAACACUGAUCCUGCCAGCAUCACUUCCCACUGUGGCGUCCAUACUGACACGGAUGUGCACACAGCCGAGCUUCAGCUUGAUGUGCAGCCUGAGCCUGCAGCGCUCCCUGCUGUCCGUGCUUCUCCCAAGGCCAAAGCAUCUUCUUCCCAAAGAGGAGGAGGAGAGGUGACAGCAGCCAUGUCCAAGACAGUGAAGAUGACUUUGGUCAUAGUGCUCAUGUACUCGCUCUGCUGGGCCCCUUUCUUCAGUGUUCAGCUGUGGGCCGCCUGGGACCCCAAUCCACCUCAAAGUGGUGCAGUGUUCACCCUGCUCAUGUUGUUGGCCAGCCUCAACUCAUGCACCAAUCCCUGGAUCUACUCGGCCUUCUCUAGCAGCAUCUCUCCGGAGCUCCGUCUUCUGCUGCUGUGUCGCACGGAUACACAACGCAGGGGCUCUCUACCGAACGACUCAACGGCGACACACACCUCCAACUACUGACAGUGCACACAGACGUACGACUUCGUCACGUGACAUACACACCAGGACAUUUAGCUGCACAUAAAGGCUAUAUAUAUAUAUAUAUAUAUAUAUAUAUAUAUAUAUUACAUACUAAAGUGUUCCCCAACAGAAGAGAAGAAAUGUACACCUUGUUUUGAAAACCUUUAAUUCUUUCCGUCACUCGUCAUAAAAGCUCCCACAUUGACUACGGACGUCUACAUGACACAGCUUGAAACAUUGUUUUUUAACACUAAAUGAAAAACGCAAGCAAACACAGCCACACAUCCAAAUUGUACAAUAAAAAUGUUUUCUUCCCAUUAAAGUGUUUUUUUUCUUCCCCACCCGUGUCAUAUCUGAAAAUAUUCCAGGAUGCUCGAAUAGGAGGGAACGCACAUUUUAAAUGUUUUUUUUUCCCCCACCGAAGUGACGUUUUGCUUUAUAACUAAUAUUUAGUGUUUGCUUCAGGACUUUAAAAUGGGAGACAAAGACAUUGCGGCUUAUGGCCACUAAAGGGUGCUGUUGGACCAAAACAUCAACCGUCUGCGUUGACGAAAGUUACAAUUCAUAGAACAAUAAGCAUAUAACACGAUUAACACUGCCUUGCUGUCGAAUAAUUAUGUAUUUAGUAUUGGCUUGAGAGAAUAGAAAAUACAUGGUUAGUUUUAGUCUUUGACACAACAUAUUUUAAUACAGCCGUCCCUCGUUUAUAUUGGAUAUUUGGUUCCACACACGGCUGCGAUAAAUGAAUGAAUUUCUGCCAUAUGGGAUUAAAUUUUAAUAAAGGGAAUAUUUUCAUAGUUCGAGCAUAGAAAACCUUUCUAAAUACGAUUUUUAACAUUACUAGAGCCCUGUA